UUUCAUCAUAUGGAGAAAUCAACGGCCUUUCAAAAGGAACUUUCUUUUCUUGAUCUCUCUCUCACAACACACACAGAGUCUGUCUUUCUCUCUCUCUCUCUGAAGAUUUAAAAGCAUUGAAUCCCUUUUUCCCCUCUCUUUUUCAGUGUAUUUGAUUUGAUUACCACUUGUCUUUUCAUUUCAAAAACUCUUACCCUUUAUCAAUGGAACUUGAUGAGUGGCAAGAUCCACUUCUUAUUACAGACGUUUCUUCCCAACAACAAGAAGAGCAACAGCUAUUACUAAUUAACUCUCACAAAUACUACCCGUUUUCGUCAUUGGAUGUUUCAAGAAAUACACUGAUGGGACUGGAAGAUUCUACUAGCUGUACCCCCAUCAAGAUUGAAGAAGGGAGUAAUGCUGAAAAUUUCAAGGACCCAGUUGCAGAAAGUGUAAUUAAUGUGAAUACAUUGAUGGAAGAUUCUAAUUACUGUACCCCAAUCAAGAUUGAAGAAGGGAGUAAUGCUGAAAAUCUCAAGGAUCCAGUUGCAGAAAGUGCAAUUAAUGGCAGAGACAUAUUGGGAUUUUCAUUAACAUCUCCUGAUUUAGUGAUCUGUACUGGAUCACCGGAUAUUCCACGACGAAGCUAUGGAGAUUCACCCGAAUUUCUGAAGGGUUGCUCCAUUUCUCUAGAAAAUGGAAUUAAGGGAUCUGAACAGCCCCCAGUUAUUACAAAGGAUGAAGAUUUGUGCCUGCAUUUUGAGCUUCCUUCUCUUUCAGUGCCUAUAGUUAGCAUCAGNAAUAAUAUGACUGAGGUUUGGGAAGCCUUACAAACUGGUAGCAAUGCAAGGGCAGUUGGAUCAACCAAUGCAAAUGAGCACAGCAGCCGAUCACAUUGCAUACUUUGUGUAAUGGUAAAGGGGGAGAAUUUGCUAAAUGGGGAAUGCACAAGAAGCAAACUGUGGUUAAUUGAUUUAGCAGGAAGUGAGAGGAUAGCAAAGACAGAAGUACAGGGUGAAAGGCUAAAAGAAACCCAAAAUAUAAACAGAUCUCUUUCUGCCCUUGGAGAUGUGAUAUCUUCACUUGCAACAAAGAGUCCGCAUAUUCCAUUCCGGAACUCGAAACUUACUCAUUUACUCCAAGACUCACUAGGAGGAGAUUCAAAGACAUUGAUGUUUGUUCAGAUCAGUCCAAAUGAGAGUGACUUGAGUGAGACUCUUUGCUCAUUAAAUUUUGCAAGUCGAGUUCGAGGUAUAGAGCUAGGUCCAGCAAAGAAGCAAGUGGAUAGUAUGGAGCUCCUGAAAUACAAACAGAUGGUCGAAAAGGGAAAACAAGACAUGAAGAACAAGGACUUUCAGAUGAAAAAGAUGGAGGAUACAAUUCAUGGUUUGGAUAUUAAGUUGAAAGAAAAGGAUAUGAAAAACAAAAAUCUUCAGGACAAGAUUAAGGAACUAGAAUCACAACUUCUUGUAGAGAGAAAACUUGCUCGACAACAUGUGAACUCUAAAAUUGCUGAACAAUUUCAGCAACAGCUUAUUGGACAACCGAAUGAGGAGCAAGAAGCUGCACCGACCAGGCCGCCAUUUGCCAACAAAAUUUCUGCUCAAAAGACUUGUGAUGAAAAUAAGUAUCCACCACUUAAUACUACUCGACCGCUUACUGAGAACAAUUUCCACAAACUCUCUAUGGCUUCUGCUACUGUGGAUUGUCCGUUUAAGCAAAAUGGCCUGAUAGAAAAAGAAAACAAGGAAAACAAUCCAGAUAUUGAUGAACAAGUAGCUGUUCUGAAGAGGACUGGGCGAGCUUCUAUGUGCCCGAUUGCAAACAGGAUUUUGCCUAAACCUGCUCCACGCCGUAACUCUCUGGUUCCACUGCGCUAUGUAGCACCUGUAACCAAGUUUCCUCCUUCACUUUUACCAUUGAGAUCAAUACAAGCAGAGGAGACGGAAGAUGCUGAGGGGGUCGAUUCAAAUUGCUUACCUGAACCAACACCACAGUGUAGUCCUAAAGAGCUUAAGAGUGUGAGUAAGAAGCUCAACAGUGUCUUGAGACGAAGCCUUCAGAAGAAAAUGCAGUUCAAGUCUCCACUGCAGCAGUACAUAAGAAGAGUUGGCGUGAAUGUGGGCGCGGAGAAAGUUAGGGUCUCCAUUGGUAGCAGAGGAAGGAUGGCUCACAGGACGUUGCUUGGUAAUGCGAUAAGAGUUCCAAAAGAAAAUCAGCAGAAGCAAAGAUGGAAUAUUGGAACAGCUGCAAGAGCAGUUCUAUGAUACUGUUUCUUUACUUCCUUUCAUCUUGUUUUCUGUUCAGAACAAGGGCUAUGCUUCUUCCUUGCACACGCAGCAACACGUAGCGAAAACAAAACCAAAAAAAAUAUAUAUAUGUAUAAGAAAGAAAUGGCUGUUGAUUUGUUUGGAUGAUGCUUAUCAUCUGCUGAAAGUAUUUUGGAGUUGUUUGAUUGGUGUAAAUGCUUAAAAGAUUGGUGUAAAUGCUUGAAAGAUAUAUUAUGCAUGGAUCAUUAGGACAAGACAUGUUUUUUCAUUAAUGCAUGCAACUCACACUGAUAACACAUAUACAAAUUAGCUGAACACUCUCUCCUAAUGUAACCCCGUCAUCGCAUCCAUUGAAGCUUGU